AUGUGGGAUUCAAAACUAAUCCAUCCACCUGUAAAACCUGGAUUCAAUCUGCUCGUUUGGAUGCCAUUCAAUGGAUUUACAAUAGAAACCUUCGGAUUCCAACUUCAUACAGCUUAUUUGUCUGUGGCAUACUUUGAUCGGUUUAUUUCAAUAAGAUCUAUUGAUGAAGAGCAGAUGUGGGCUGUUCGAUUGUUGUCGAUAGCAUGUUUAUCACUGGCAGCAAAAAUGGAAGAAUGUGAAGUUCCCAUUUUAUCAGAGUUUGAUACAAAAGAUUAUCAAUUCCAGAGCAAAGUGAUUCAAAGAAUGGAAUUAUUGGUACUCAGCUCAUUGGAAUGGAAGAUGAAUCCAAUCACACCUUUCUCUUAUCUGCAUUACUUCGUCAGAAAAUUCCAUGCCGAAUCCAAUCCCAAAGGAUUAAUCUCCAAAGCUCUGGAACUAAUUAUAUCCAUCACCAAAGAGAUCAAUUUGGUGGAUUAUCGACCGUCGAUUGUGGCUGCAGCUGCAGUUUUAGCUGCUUCAAACAGUGAAUUAACAAGAAAAGCACUGGAGGUGAAGAUUGAUUUCAUUUCAUUGUGGGAUCUUCAGAAAAUGUGA